CCCAGGUGGUGGUGGUCACUCUUCUUCAACCCUUCCGGUGAGGACUGAGAAGUCUACAUCCUAAGCAAUUAAAAAAAAAAAAAAAAAAAAAACCCUAUUACAAGUCCAAGUCCUAGGGCACUUGACCCAGGAAGAUUCUUGAUCUUUUCCCCUCAUCAAUGAGUGGACCGGAUGGAUAUCCGGUUUGAUAUUCUCUCACAGUUGAUAAGCUAAUGUCUUCUUCCAUGUGUUUUUUGCUUAUGCAGUGUUAUAUGUACCCAGAAACAUUGUUGCAAGAAGAAUCAUUCGAUUAAGUGAUUCAACACAGACGGGUAAUAGUAGAGGAAUCGAACUCAGAAGCAGAUAGCCAUGGCUAGGGAACAGUUACAAGUGCUUAACGCACUUGAUGUUGCCAAGACUCAACUCUACCACUUCACUGCAAUUGUGAUUGCGGGAAUGGGGUUCUUCACAGAUGCGUAUGACUUGUUCUGCAUUUCAUUGGUGACGAAACUACUCGGUCGUAUCUAUUACACACAUGAAGGAGCAGAAAAGCCGGGAACCCUGCCCCCCAAUGUCGCCGACGCCGUCAACGGCGUUGCCCUUUGCGGCACUUUAGCUGGGCAGCUCUUCUUCGGUUGGUUGGGUGACAAGAUGGGGCGUAAGCGUGUCUAUGGUCUGACGCUUAUGCUCAUGGUCGGCUGCUCUGUCGCUUCGGGACUCUCCUUCGGUCACCAGGCAAAGGGGGUAAUGGCGACACUCUGUUUCUUCCGAUUUUGGUUGGGUUUCGGUAUCGGUGGUGAUUACCCUCUCUCCGCAACGAUCAUGUCCGAGUACGCCAACAAAAAAACCCGUGGCGCUUUCAUCGCUGCUGUUUUCGCUAUGCAAGGUUUUGGGAUUUUAGCUGGUGGGAUCGUUGGCCUCAUCGUCUCAUCCGCAUUCAAGAGCAAGUAUCCCGCCCCUGCUUACCAAGACAAUGCAGGGGCCUCGACCGUCGCUCAGGCCGACUACGUGUGGCGUAUCAUUCUGAUGUUUGGAGGGAUACCCGCAGCGCUUACUUACUAUUGGCGUAUGAAGAUGCCGGAAACCGCUCGUUACACGGCCCUCAUCGCCAAGAACGCGAAACAGGCAGCCGCAGAUAUGGGGAGGGUUUUGGACAUGGAAUUGGAAUCAGAACAAGAGAAGUUGGAGAGGAUGGCGAUAGAGCCCUCCAACUCAUUUGGUCUUUUCUCCUGGGAAUUUGCUCGUCGACAUGGGCUUCACCUGUUGGGAACAACCAGCACAUGGUUUUUAUUGGAUAUUGCUUUUUACAGUCAAAAUCUUUUCCAGAAGGACAUUUUCUCAGAUAUUGGGUGGAUUCCUUCUGCAAAGACGAUGAAUGCUCUAGAAGAAGUGUUCAAGAUCGCGAGGGCACAGACGCUGAUAGCACUUUGCAGUACUGUUCCUGGAUAUUGGUUCACGGUGGGGUUCAUCGACAUCAUAGGGAGAUUUUGGAUCCAAUUGAUGGGGUUCUUCAUGAUGACACUGUUUAUGUUCGCAUUGGCCAUUCCCUACGACCAUUGGCAUCAUCAUAACCAUCUUGGGUUCGUGGUAUUGUACGCCUUCACCUUCUUCUUCGCAAAUUUUGGGCCAAAUGCGACGACAUUCGUGGUACCGGCGGAGAUAUUCCCAGCUAGGCUAAGGUCGACUUGUCAUGGGAUAUCGGCGGCGGCAGGGAAGGCAGGAGCCAUAGUGGGGGCUUUUGGGUUCCUUUACGCGGCGCAGAACAAGGACAAGGCGUUGGCAGACGCUGGGUACCCAGCUGGUAUUGGAGUUAGGAACGCCCUCUUCAUGCUUGGUGUGGUUAACUUCUUUGGGAUGUUGUUUACGCUGUUGGUGCCGGAGUCUAAAGGCAGGUCACUCGAGGAAAUCUCCGGUGAGAACGACGAUAAUGACGCAGUAGCACAGACGAGUUAUGACACCAAUAGAACAGUUCCUGUUUAACCAUUUUGAGACCAUUUAUUUAAUGGGAAUCGGGAAUGGGACUCGGGAGGAAAUAAGCUGAAGAAGAAGGCAUCUGGGAAAAGAUGUUGUUGUUACUGAUGUUAAUUUGUCGUUAAUGUUGGUUAAUGUUGGUUAUUAUGAUUAGGAUAUUCAAUUCAAAUGUUGUGAGUCAAACACACUGAGUUGGUUCUUCUUUAAUGAUUUUGUAAUUGCCUAAUUGGAUUGAGUUUCCGAGGAAGGAUAGUUAAUGAUUUGCUAAGUCCAUUUCCAUAAUGUACACAUCACACAUGUAUAUGUACGUAUAUGAAUGUCUUAAUCUUAAUUAAUUAUGUCAA